ACAGAGAUUAAAAGACAGGUGCUUUAUUGUAGAGUACUUUUUACAGAGUAAAGUAGAGCAGUCUCAAGAGGUUAAGAGUGCACAAAGGCCAAAGGGCCCAUUGUACUGAUCUAUAUUUCUUCCAUUUCUAAACAGAACAGUUUUCAGAGGGUCUUUGUCUUGUGUAGGUGGUUGACAAGCCCGUCUGGUUUAACUCUUCCAUGACAGCAGUGUUACAUCUUUAUUCUUCCCCAGAAAGCCAAGUACUCUAGAGUCAUUUAAGAUGUAAGGUUCCUGGAGCCAGGUUGAUUUAAUUAGCCAUACAGCACCAUCAAUCAAUAAACUGGCCACCACCCUGUUAAUUGCAUCUUUCCUCUGAAGUAACCACUCCUGACCAUAGUUUCAUCUACAUAUUUUUGAAACAUGUUAUUUUUUUUGUCUGAUAUCUUCAACAUUAUGAGUGUAGAAAUCAUCCAUUGUGGGUUCUGGUAUUUUUGUUUGAGGGUCUCAUAAUUCAGGAUGGUCUUGAACUUUUGAUCCUCCUGUCUCUUACACUGUGUGUCCUCAUGCCCAUUUUAAGUGCAUGCCAAGAUAAGCACUACCAACUGAGCUACAUGGCCAGCCCAUAGCUUCAUUAUUAGCUUCAUUAUUUUGAUUGCUACCGAUUGUGGGCUGUGCCACAUUUAUUCGUUAAACUGUUAGUGGACAUUUGGUUUAUUUUCACCAACCCUUUCAAAGCGUUGGGACUUGGAUGUGAUGACACAGGCCUUCAACUGGUGGAUCCCUCUUGAGUUCAAGGCUAGGCUGAUCAAGGUGACAAAUUCCAGAUUAGCCAGUUGGAAUGUUAUCUUUUUAAAAAAAAUUAAUUUAUUUACUAUGUAUACAAUGUUCUGCCUGCAUGUAUGCCUGCACGCCAGAAGAGGGCACCAGAUUUCAUUACAGAUGGCUGUGAGCCACCAUGUGCUUGCUGGGAAUUAAACUCAGGACCCCUGGAAAGGCAGCCAAUGUUCUUAACCUGAGCCAUCUCUCCAGCACCCUGGAAUGUCACCUUAAAAACUACAAAAUGGGGCUGGAGAUGUAGCUAAAUUGGAAGAGUGCUUCCCUAGAACACAUGAAUCCUUGGGUUGAACCCCUAGCACAACUGGUGAGAUCAUAGGUGUGGUUCCAGCGCACAGGAAGUAGAGGGAAGCAGAUCAGUUCAUGGUCAUUCUAAGCUACAUAAAUUGGGGCUAGCAUAGAGUGAGACUCUGGAAGGAAAAGUGAAAAUAAGGAGACAGAAGAAAAGUAGGCAGAUGUAAACUGCAUGGCUGUACAAGGACUCUGCAGCACUUAGGGCAGGGAUUCUGGGAAGGUUAAGUACAGAAUCUUGUCCUACCUACCUCUUUAUCAUGUCUUAAGGUGACUGUCUUUCUAGGAGUAGCCCUUGGUCAGGUGAUUGGCUGACCUGGCCCAACUGGGUGGUUAGGUCUCUUCACCAAGGCUGGAGACACUAUUCUUUGGACCACCAAGUUUUUUCUUAGUGGGCCUUUCCUGUUUACUAACACUUUUAACCUUUUCUUCCUACAUCCUCAGUCUUACAACCUGUCCCCAGCUUAAGGUGCUCCCACCCCUUCCCAGUCUCCACCAGUCUCUUCGUUCACCAGCAACAGCCUCUUAAUUAGUGUUUUUGAAUUGUGGCCUUCUCCAGCUCUUAAAAUAGGUAGAAUUACCUUUUAAAAAUAUUGGUUAAGCACGCCUUUAAUCCCAGCACUUGGGAGGAAGAGACAGGCGGAUCUCUGUGAGUUCGAGACCAGACUGGUCUACAGAGCCCAGACUGGUCUACAGAGCUAGUUCCAGGACAGGCUCCAAAGCCACAGAGAAACCCUGUCUCGAAAAACAAAAACAAACAAACAAACAAAAAAGGUUAAUUGGUUAAUGCUUGAAAUGGCUCAGUGGCCUCCCACUGAGCUUCAUCCAAACUCAUACUCGAAUCCUUCAUCUUCACUUCACGCUAUUCUCCUAGCUGGGCUCCACCACCACGGCCUGGCUUUUUUACUGGCUAUCCUUUCUAACACAAGCUGGUGCUAUAACACACACUCCCAGUGCCUAGAAUGCUCCUCCUCAGCUCAUUGCAUUCCAUCCUCUGGUUUCCAAUCCAGAUGUUUGUUCUUUGCAUGGGAUACCUACUCUCAUUACAGCCCUUUGAACUUUUCUCUUAAUUCCCCCUUAUUUGGGCACCUUAGUGUAAUUUAUGUCUUUAUUCCAUCUUCUCCUCUGUAAAAUGUAGGUUCUAUGAAGAUGGGUGGUACACUAUGUGUUCUAGACACAACAUGCCGGUUGCAUUUAGGUGCACAAUAUGUAAAAAUAAAUGAAAGAGAGGAAUGACUCCUUCCUAGAUCACCUACUUCAUAUCACACAUUCCCCAGACCAGUCUCAGCCCCUAAACUACCACCAUUACACAUCACAUGAGAUUACACACUACAACGCAGGUAUCAGGGAGACACCAUAACUGUCUUUUGCAUGUGUGAAAUUACAGACAGGAGCAACAGUUUCCAAAGUCGGUGGUCCCACUGGCCUUUCCCAGACAGGAUUCUCCUCCAUCAGAGAAUUGCUCCUCUGGUGAGUUGACAUCUGAACACUAGCUGUCACCUGCUGCAGCUGCCACAACCUCCAACAAACGCCCACAAGUUGUCCUCUGACUUACACAGGUGUGUAUAUGUAUGUUCACAACGUGUGUGCCUGGUGCUUAAUCCCCUGGAGUUAGGGAUGGUUGUGAGCUGCCAUGUGGGUGCUGGGAAUUGAACUGCAAGAUCAAUUAACAAGUGCUCUUAAUCACUGAGUUAAGUCCUUUUUUUUUUUUUUUUCUAAAUCUUAGUGAUACCAGGGUUUCGGCUUUAAGCAGUUGUUGAAUACAUUAAUCCAUACAUAUACCUGGUAACUUGGAAGGCAAGCCCAUGUAUGUAGAAGUAAAAGAGCUAGGAAAUCAUGGUAUGCGGGUUCAAGAAUCAAAGUAUUGCAGAAAUGGUGGGCAUUAAAUGGAUCCCUGAGGGAAGCAAUAUUUAAAGGGCCGGAAAACAGCCUAUAAGGGAGAAUGUGUUCCAGCUUCAAAAGUACGGGGGGGGGGGGGGAUGUAAAACCUCUCUCCAGCAUGAAGAAUCGCUGCAGCAGCUCGCAAUUUUCAGCACAGCACACGACACGACGGUAACAGCGUUCAGAAGUGCUUUUGCUUUCUCAACUGAGACGGAAUGUGCUUUUGUCCGGGUUCCCUACUAGACACCGGCCCCGUGGAUUCUGAACCGGCCCCCAGGUUUGUAUAAAUUACACCUCCGCGGCCGCCCUUUAAAAAAAAUACGUGUUACCAGGAACUAGCGCUUUCCCACGUUUUCUUUAGGCUUCCGGACCCAAUCUGCCGCUCUUUACCAGGCUACAGCAGAAAAAGACGAACAAAUCAACCACACCGACCACUACACCACCAACUUUUUCAGCGUGGCUCCCAAACAACCUUUCUUCCGGCCAGAGCGCAACGGGCCCACCCACUUCCGCACUGGUGACCACGCCCCAGAGCCUCGCCUGGCCUCAGCCAAUGGUCGGCUUCCCUGGGAACGUUACCUUCGGCUAAUCAGCGACAACGAGCGAACUCCUCGCGAGAGGUGAGGUUGAAGCUGCCUCCGCCAUCUUGAAGAUGGGAGACGGGCGAGAGCUGUGGUCUUUCUGCUAAAGCAAACAACACAACGGCCAGAGUAGUCACCCCCCUCCCCCGCCCCCCAGUGAGGCGAUCGUCGCUAUAACUGCUGACCCAAGCCACCGAGAGCAGCGAGCGUGUCAAAGCCGAGCGCGGCGACACCGAGAGCCCCCUUCACCUGCCUCCCGGGCAGAAGGGCAGUGUGGAGGCCCGGAAGGAUGGUGCAGUCCUGUUCCGCCUACGGCUGCAAGAACCGCUACGAUAAGGACAAGCCCGUCUCCUUCCACAAGUUCCCUCUGACCCGGCCGAGUCUCUGCAAACAGUGGGAGGCAGCCGUCAGAAGGAAGAACUUCAAGCCCACGAAGUACAGCAGUAUCUGUUCGGAGCACUUCACCCCGGACUGCUUUAAGAGAGAGUGCAACAACAAGCUGCUGAAGGAGAAUGCUGUCCCCACGAUAUUCCUCUGUGUUGAGCCACAUGACAAGAAGGAAGAUCUGGACCCCCAAGAACAGCUUCCCUCUCCUCCUUCACCCCCCACCUCCCAGGUCAAUGCUGCUAUUGGGCUGCUAAUGCCUCCUCUCCAGACCCCCGAUAAUCUCUCGGUUUUCUGUGACCACAAUUACACCGUGGAGGAUACGAUGCACCAGAGGAAGAGGAUUCAGCAGCUGGAGCAGCAGGUUGAAAAGCUCAGGAAGAAGCUCAAGACUGCUCAGCAGCGGUGCCGAAGGCAGGAGAGACAGCUGGAAAAGCUAAAGGAAGUCGUGCACUUCCAGAGAGAGAAAGAUGAUGCGUCAGAAAGGGGCUACGUGAUUCUCCCACACGACUACUUUGAAAUUGUUGAAGUACCAGCAUGAAAAGAUGAGAUGUAUUAGUGGGACAAGACCACUGCUCCCUUUUAGCCUACUUAUAGGAGUUCAUUUGAAAAAAUAGCACUUGAUUACUUGUUUAAAAAAAAAAAUCAGAAUAUUUUUUUAAAAUAAAUUAGUUAUAUACUGUAAAAUUGUAAAUUUUUUGUUUGUAAUUUCAGAGUUUUUACAUUUUAACAAAAUAUUUAAAAAAAUUCUUAAACCACCAAUAUAAUGUUGUAUAUUGGUUUCAAGAUGGUGGAUUGAUUUUCAUUUGAGUAUUUAUAGAAAUAAUGUACAAAUGAAAAGUAGAGAGGAUAAUGGUGCGGUGAAGAUGAUUUAAGUUUAAAAGUUAAAAUUAAUGUCCUUUAUUGAGAGAACUUAUUCUAAUUUAAAUCAGAAGCGUAAGAGAUCAUAGGACAGCCACUCAGAAUAUAGAGAUGUACAUACACAUUUGUAUUUAUAGUCAGAGCUUCAUUUAUUUUUCUCAAUCACUUGUCAAAAUAAACUGUCAAGUCAACAUUUGAGGAAAACAAUAUUUUGCUGUCUUUAGAAGAGAAAAGUCAUUCCAUAUUUAAUCAAUAACUUCAUAAAGUAGAUUUUUAAAAAAGUGGAUCCUUUUCUUCCAUAGCUUUAUAAAAUUGGAAGUGUGUCUUGGGGAGUGAAGUCCCCAAAUUGAAGUAUUGAUUACCAGCAAGUGAAACUUGGGCCAGCGAGGUGGUCCCUGGGUAAAGGUGCUUGUCACACAAGCCUGGUCACUGGGCAGCCCGAGUGGGACCCCUGGGACCCAUGUAAAGGUGGGAGAGCGCCAGCUCCACAGGUUGUCUUCAAACCUCCACAUGUGUACCGUGGCAUGUCUGCACACUUUCAAAACAUAAACUCGGGACCUGGUUCCUGAUACAUUCUCAUUAUCCCCUAGCUAAAGGCAUCUUCGUUCUAGAGCUGUAGUUCAUCUGCAUUCAAACCUCUAACAUUAUUUCAGUGAGUUUGGUUUGUAUCAGAAUAUGGUAAUUUCCCCCUUAACUGUUUGAUUUUGGUCAAGACAUUGCAUAAAAGUGAUUUUUUUCCAUUAAAUUAGAAAUUAUAUCUAAUUUACUUCAAGUGGCUUAUGUUCAACAGUAACAUGCUGUGUUUAUGACCUCAAGUGUUGAGAAUUAACUCUUGCAGUUUCUGUUCCCACUGUGGAUUGUGUUCUGCCUCUGUGAGAAAGCUUACGUACGUUUGAAAUGACAAUAUGUUCUAAGUAGACAAAUACAGAAGAAUUCUCUAGGUUUAGGAGAACCGUAUUUUAUAUUUCAGAGCACACUGUAGUUGGCGAGCAGACCUUUGAAGACAGUAUUAAAGAUAUGCUAUUCGAGUA